UGCACUGCUCCUGCUGCUCCCGUGAUGACAACAGAUGCAUCACUUGCCUCUGCUGCUGCUGCUGAUAUAGGCUGUGUGAAAUCAUUUGUUCAUAAAGURAGACUGGAUCCUACAGUUAAACCGGUACGACAAAAGCUUCGCCGCCUUCCCUUUGCAGUGAGAGCUCCAGUUUCAGCCGAACUGAAUCGCCUCCUGAAAGCUGGAGUCAUUGAACGCAUUGAUGCAUCACCAUGGGUUUCACCAAUUGUAGUAACAGAACGCAAAACAGGAGGAAUACAAUUGUGUGCAGACCUCCGUGAACCAAACAGAGCUGUUAUUACAGACUGCUAUCCCCUACCACAUGUGGAUGAGUUGUUUGUCAGUUUACAAGGUGCAACACUGUUUUCUACAAUYGAUCUAGCCAAUGCAUACUACCAGCUACCCUUGCAUGAAGAUAGCAGAGAUUUAACUGCAUUUAUCACACAUGAAGGUCUUUUCAGAUUUUGCAGAGUUCCUUAUGGCCUUGCCUCUGCUCCCUCAGCAUUUCAAAAGAUGAUGGUUGAGAUUCUAAAAGAUCUUCCAGGUGUCCAGAAUUACCUGGAUGACCUUAUCAUCUAUGGUAAAACUCCCGCUGAGCACGACAGCAACCUGWAUGCUGUCCUUCAAAAGCUCAAAACUGCUGGUCUUGAGCUAAAUGAAAACAAAUGUCAUUUCAGAAAGACAUCUUUACGUUUUUUGGGUCAUGUCAUAACUGCAGAUGGCAUUYUCCCAGACAAAGAACACAUUGACGCUGUUCUAAAAGCACCUCCACCCACUGAUGCUGCUGCAUUGAGAUCCUUCCUUGGGUUGGUAUCUUGGUACUCCAAGUUCUUGCCCAAUUUUGCAACAAUAGUGGCACCUAUGCGUUCUUGUGGAAGUGYGACAAGURACUAUGUAUGGACUGCAGAAGCACAGACAAGCUUUGAAGAAAUUAAGCAGCUUCUGGUGAACAGCCCUGCUCUUGCAUUGUUUAACCCUUCUCYACSUAUUGUUAUAUCUACUGAUGCCAGUGAUUAUGGACUAGGAGCUGUCUUUGCCCAAGUUCAGCCUGACGGAACAGAGAAGCCUSUGGCCUUCGCUUCUCGCACACUGUCUGCAACUGAACAAAAGUACUCUACUGWUGACRAAGAAGCACUUGCAUGUGUGUGGGCUACAGAGAAAUGGAGAACAUAUUUGUGGGGUCGACGCUUUACCCUUCGAACAGACCACYAAGCUCUGACCACACUUCUGAGCACUAAAGGAAUGAAUCGAGCUGGAUUGCGCAUUGCACGAUGGUCAGCUCGCCUGCUAUGUUUUGAUUAUGAUGUCGUUUACCGACCUGGUUCUCAAAACUACACAGCAGAUUGCUUGUCACGCCUGCCUUUGCYUGCAACGUCAGAACCUGUACCAGACGUGGWUCCAGAAAUGGUUGCUCAGAUUUCUGCUACUUUGUCUGCUCUUCCUGUUACUGACUUUGAUUCAGCUUGCUUCUCCUGCCCUGAACUGACAGAUUUGCAUGCACAAAUGGAAAAAGGCUGGCCUGCCUCCAUUAAAUCAGUCAGUGAUACACUUACUCCAUACUACAAGAUCAGAAAUGAACUUUCCACUUAUGGUAACUACAUCCUCAGAGGUACGAGACUCAUCGCACCACUUUCUGUCAGACAUACUCUGAUUACACUUGCACAUGAAAGUCAUCAAGGAAUCGUGCGCACAAAACAGCGAUUGAGAGACCUCUAUUGGUGGCCAAAAAUGGACUCACAAGUUCAGUAUGCCAUAAAGUCACGUGUCAUAUGCCAGUCAAAUGAUAAAACUGCCCAAACACGCACUGCUCCUCUUCAGCCUGUACCACUGCCAGAUGGGCCUUGGAAAAAACUUGGACUUGACAUUGUAGGUCCAUUUGACACAGCUAUUCCUUCUUGCAGAUUUGCCAUUACAUUGACUGAUUAUUAUUCUAAAUGGCCUGAACUUGCUUUCUCACAUACUGUCACUACGAACGAUGUUAUUCAGUUCUUAUMAACAGUUUUCAGUCGUCAUGGCAACCCUGAGACCAUCGUUACAGACAAUGGCACUCAGUUUACAUCUGGUGCCUUCUCAUCAUUCCUCCAGAAUAGAGGAAUAUCUCACAACCGAACAUCUGUCUACUACCCUGCUGCCAAUGGUGCCGUUGAAAGGUUUCAUCGUGCUCUCCRCACCUGCAUUCAAACUGCAAUCCAACAGUCUACAUCGUGGAAAGACACUGUCUCAGAAUGGCUUCAAGUAUACCGUGCAACACCUCAUGCAACUACAUCCACCUCUCCGUACGAACUUCUCUUUGGGAGGAAAAUGCGUACUAAACUGGACGUACUCCCUUUGCCUCCUACAUCUCCACUGCACGACAGGGCACAACAUGAAGUUCUGAAACGGCAAACCAAAAUGAAACGCUACGCUGAUGCCAAGCGCGGUGCAAGAGUACCUUCAUUCCAGAUAGGAGAGAGGGUGAGGAUACGGAAUCCAUUACACGUUCCAAAAGGUCACCCUAAGUUUACCCCUCCUGCAACCACCAAAAAGAUUAAAGAGUGGUUCCUGCAACAAGUGCCGACAUUUGUGAGCGUUCCCAUUUGGGUGCGAGUGAGAAGAGCUUGGCCUGAUCGGUAGGUGGAUUCAGUGACAAAUCUUAUAUUUAUUUCUUUGUUUUAAAAUGUUUUUAUAUUUAGGAAUCU